AUGCUGAGUUUGACAAGGGUCAACGCCCUGAGACCCUCCGUGUUGACAAUGGCCAUAAGAAAACAAUCCACUCAGAAUGUUUUCGCAGUCAUUAUGGGUGGCGGAGUGGCCGGAAGUUCUGUAGCUUAUCAUUUGACCAAAAGAAAUAUUAAAGACGUGAUACUGCUCGAGAAGGAAGAGGUGGCAGGCUCGUCGGGCACGUCUUACCAUUCACCAGGACUUGUAUCUGCUAGUCAUCCUGCUCACCGGUAUAAACCUAUUCUCGCAUAUUCUAUUGAAUUGUAUAGCAAACUAGAAGAAGAAACCGGAGAGCAAAUCAACUUUGAGAGAACGGGAACAAUACGUCUUGCUACUAACCCUACUAGAUUUCAAGAAUUUCGGCGAUAUGUUGCUAGAGAUUAUUACAAGGAAGGAGACGCUUGCAAAACAACUUUGCUUGAUGCUGAGGAGACCCUCAAAGUUGCUCCGAUUGUGGACAUCAAGCAAAUUCUCGGAUCACUGUAUACAACUAACGAUGGCAUGAUCUCUGCCAGAGGACUCAAUCGAGCAUUAAUUGCUGGAGCAAAAAGGGGUGGUGCUCAAGUAGUCAACUCUGAACCUAAAAAUAUUCGGUAUGAUAAGGGGAAAGGUUUAUGGUACGUGGAAAUGACUAACGGAACAACCGUAGCGACCAAAAAUCUUUUGAAUGCUGGAGGGAUCUGGGCGAACGAUAUUGCUCGACUUUCUGGUCAUGAGCUUCCGAUGGUCAUAGCUGAACAUCAGUAUGCUAGUAUAACACCUCCUGACUCGUCCAUUCCUGACGUUCCUGCUAUAAUUGAUCAUGACAGCACUUUCUACAUUCGAAAAAGUGGAGACGGUUUUAUUUUUGGGGGAUUUGAGCCCAUGGAAAGGGUCGUAUUUAGGGAAGACUGGAUCCGCAAUGGUGUUCCACCAGAAGGCUCGCGUGCUAUCAAACCCGACUUUGAUCGAGUGGGAGAGGCUUAUGAGCGCGCUUGCACACUUGUACCUUCUCUGAGGGAUGCAAAAGUUGACGCCAAAGCAGCUGUAUUCAGCAUGACUGCUGAUGGAUAUCCGUUGGUUGGUCCAUUUGAUAAGAACUACUGGGUUUCUACUGGCUUCCUUGAUGGUGUAAGUAGCGGCGGUGGGAUAGGAAAGUAUAUUGCUGAUUGGAUGGUUGACGGAGAACCCCCUCUGGAGCUGUUUGAUACUGACGCAAGUCGAUAUGACCGAUGGGCAACUCGAAAGUUUAUACUGGAAAAGAGCAAAGAAACUUAUUCGAUGUAUUAUAAUUGGUCAUACACUAAUCGUCAUGCUGGUAGACCUACGGAUCGCGUUAGUGGUCUUUACGGUCGUUUCAAAAGAGAUAAAGCCCAUUUUUCUUUCCGAAACGGAUGGGAGGUAGCUCAAGCGUUUGACAUCGAGGAAGAGGGCAUGUUAUCUACACUCAGUCGGGAGUACCAAAUGGUAACGAACAAAUGCGGUGUGAUUGACAUGUCUUGGAAGGGAAAGAUUGAAGUAAAAGGAGAGGAUGCUGAAGCUCUUCUGAACUACGCGAUCUGCUCUCCGAUUCCAUCUCUUGGUAAAAUCGGAUCCGGCUUGAUGCUAACUCGUCAGGGACGCAUUUUUUCUCCCAUGAAGAUCUUCCAUCACGACAACACACGCUCUGCUUUCAUUUUGCUCACAGAACCUGAGAGAGAAAGUCGCGAUAUUUACUGGCUUCGACGUGCGGCUUCCGAGAAGAACUUCAAGGUGCAGGUGUUCUGUGUAUCCGAAUACUUAGCAUCUCUCGCGCUUGUAGGUCCUAACAGCAGACAGUUACUCUCUGAGCUUACGAAGUCCGAUGUAUCCGAGGAGGGUUUCCCACAACGCUCCACUCGUCUAAUGCGUCUUGGACCUGUAGCUGUGGUAUGUGCGCGAAGCUCAACGUCAACCGGUCAGCUGAGCUACGAAUUUUUCCACAACAGAGCUGACUCAGCUAAGCUCUAUGAGGCAAUCAUCUCUGCUGGCGCUCCAUACGGCGUGGUAAACUUUGGUCAGGCUACAAUGAACAGUAUGAGACUUGAGCAUGGAUAUAAGAUUUGGGGACGAGAACUCACUUUGGAUACAAAUCCUUUCGAAUGUGGACUUGGAGGCCUUGUUGACUUCUCGAAGGGCGAGUUUAUUGGUAGAGAAGCCGCUCUUGAACAAAAAGAGAAAAAUUACGAUCGACGUCUUGCUCUGCUUACUUUUGACCCGGAAUACAACCCCAAUAUUCCGCUCGAGUGGAAAAAUCUUCCAUUUGGUAACGAAGUAGUCCAUCGGGAAGGCCAGGACGAACGAAUUGGCCAAAUCACUUCCGCCACGUACAGCGUCCGUCUUCGUAGACCAAUUGCAUUCGCUUGGAUCAACAACGAUGUUCGAUCUGACGAAAAGCUUACGGUGGACAUAGGAUCGGAAGAGCGAUUGCUGAGCAUUCCGAACAUGUUCAGCUUGACCAGAGUCAGUGCUCUGAAUCCAACUAUACUGGCUCUGGCCACGAGGAAUCAGUCUACGUGUAGCAAUGCUUUUGCAGUCAUUGUUGGUGGAGGAGUAGCCGGUAGUUCAGUAGCUUAUCAUUUGACGAAAAGAAACAUUAAAGAUGUGAUACUCAUAGAGAAGGAUAAACCGGCUUCUCCAGCUGGAACAACCUACUCUUCACCUGGAUUCGUAGUUGCGGCUCAUCCAUCUCAUCGAUACAAACCUUUCUUAGCAUAUACGGUAGAUCUGUACAGCAAACUUGAGCAGGAGACUGGAUUGUCUCCUUCUUUCGUACAAAACGGUACGAUUCAUCUUGCUAGUACUCUCAGUCGAUACGAAGACUUCAAACACUAUGUUGCAAGAGAUUAUUUCAAGGAGGGGGACGUAUGCAAAACAACGCUUCUCACCCCUGAAGAGACUCAACAACUAGCUCCUUUUGUGGAUGUUAAGCAAAUCCUUGGAGCGUUAUAUACUACUAAUGAUGGAGUAAUAUCUGCUGAAGGGCUCACUAAGGCCUUAAUAGCUGGCGCACAGAAAGGCGGUUUGCAAGUAAUCAAUUCUCUACCGGAAAACAUUCGCUACGAUAAGGACAAAGCUUGCUGGCACAUAGAACUGGCGAAUGGAACGUCUGUGACAUCAAGAAAUAUCGUAAAUGCUGGGGGCAUUUGGGCAAAUGACAUUGCUAGAUUGACAGGUCAUGAACUUCCGAUGGUUAUCGUUGAAGCUCAGUUUGCUGACCUUGAACCUGAUGGACCCAUCCCUGAUAUGCCUGCUAUAACGGACCAUGCCAGCACAUUCUAUCUACGCAAAAACGGGGACAAAUACUUUUUUGGUGCUUUCGAUCCUUUUGAUAAAGUAGUGAUCAGAGAGGAAUGGUUACGAAGAGGAGUUCCUCCCGAAGGUGCCCGAAAUAUUGAGCCUGAUUUUUCCCGCAUUAGCGAAGCAUAUGACAAAGCCUGCGCACUUAUACCGUCUAUCGCAAAUGCCAAGGUAACACCCAAAGCUGCUGCAAUCUGCAUGACUCCAGACGGGUAUCCACUGGUUGGACCGUUUGAUAAAAAUUAUUGGGUAGCAGCCGGUUUUAUGGACGGUGUCACCAGUGGUGGCGGACUAGGGAAAUAUCUUGCUGAUUGGAUGGUUGACAGCCAGCCACCUAUGGAACUGUGUGACACUGAUGCCAACAGAUAUGAUCGAUGGGCAACAAGAGAAUUCAUAAUGGAAAAAUGCAAAGAGACUUACUCAAUGUUCUACGACUGGUCUGAUUCUGAUCGUCCUGCUGGCAGACCUACGGAUCGAAUCAGUGGAAUAUAUGGCCGCCUCAAGAGAGACAAAGGAGAAUUUUCUUUCAGAAAUGGAUGGGAGGUUCCUCAAGUGUUUAACAUCGGCCCAGAAAGCAUGUUGGCUACUCUUAGUCGUGAACAUCAAAUGGUGACAAACAAAUGCGGCGUCAUUGAUAUGUCCUGGAAAGGAAAAAUUGAACUCAAAGGAGAUGAUGCAGAAGCCUUGUUAGACUACGCUCUCUGCUCGAAGAUUCCUGCGCUCGGUAAGAUUCGUUCUGGUUUGAUGCUCACUCGAGAGGGACGUAUACUGGGGCCGCUUCACAUUUUCCAUCACGACAGCACACGAUCUAACUUUUUGGUGUUGACCGAGCCGGAGCGGGAGAACAGAGAUAUAUACUGGCUUCGACGCGCCGCCGCUGAAAAGAAGCUCAAUGUGCAAGUAAAUUGCAUCUCAGAAUAUCUAGCCUCCAUAGCUCUUGUGGGUCCCAACAGCAGACAGAUACUCUCUGAGCUUACUAAGAGCGACGUCUCCGAAGAAGGUUUUCCUCAACAUUCCGUUGGCCAUAUUCGCAUCGGGACGAUAUCCAUUGUCUGUGUUCGUAGCUCCACAUCGACUGGUCAGCUCAGCUAUGAACUGUUCCAUGACAGAGCUGACUCUGCUAAACUCUAUCAAGAAAUACUUGAUGUCGGUGCUCCUCAUGGGAUAGUAAACUUUGGACAGGCUACAUGGAACAUAAUGAGACUUGAACAUGGUUACAAAGUUUGGGGACGUGAACUUACCUUAGAUACAAAUCCAUAUGAAUGUGGUCUUGAAGCUCUCGUUGACCUUAGCAAGGAUGACUUUAUCGGAAAGAAGGCAGCAGUUGAACAAAGCAAAAUGAAGUUUGACCGCCGACUUGCACUUCUUACCUUCGAUCCUGCUGACAAUCCCGAUAUUCAGUUGGAGUGGGAUCACAUUCCUCGCGGUCAUGAAGUCAUUCGUCGCCAAGGACAAGAGGAGAGAAUAGGCCAGAUCACAUCGGCUUCAUAUAGUGUUCGCCUCCGAAAACCCAUCGCAUUUGCCUGGAUAGACAGCAGCGUACAACCUGAUGAGAAGCUUACCACCGACAUAACUUCGGACUUACGCUUGGUGGGCACUAUCGUGGAGAACCUUCCAUAUGCGAAGAUUCACUAG